AUGCAGAAUGUAAAGCUGCAGAGUAACAAAGCUGCUAAUAAAGAGAAACAAGUUCAUGUAGAGAAGGCUGAAAUGAAUUCUAAUCUUUCUUUUCUUGUAAAAAAGCAAAACCAGGAAGGGCAGAAUGAGAUUUUGACUCUUGCGGCCACGAAAAUAAUAAUUGCUGACCCAAUGGAGAAAAGGGGAGAUAAUGAUAAUAUGGAGAUCAGAGGAAAAGACUUAGAUACAGAGUCUACAUAUCAGAAUUUUCAACAGGUUACCAGACAAGCAGAUAUUUCACCCACAUACAUGAAUAGAGGGAAAUCUGUUGGGAGAGGAAAGAAGAAGCAGCAAAAAGACAGCACUCAAAGCGUUCAAAGUGUAGUUCCUGGGGCCUUUGAGAGACUAAUUACCAUGCAAAGGCAGUAUCAUUUUAAAUUCAUAGGCAUUAUGGAACCAAAACAAAAGAAGCUGAAGCUGGAAAGAUAUAGAAGAAGAAUUGGUUUGUUACAGGCAUUUUCAAAUGUGUCUAACAAAAUUUGGCUGUCUUUCAUGGUUACAUUUGUGUAUGCAAAAUGUGACUCUAUUGAGCGUAUAGAAUUGUGGGACAGUUUAUACAAUCUGGCAAGUGAUAUGACCUUACCUUGGCUAGUGGGUGGGGACUUUAAUGUCAUAUGGGAUGAGGAGGAGAAGUUUGGUGGACUCCCUGUGUCGCUAAAUGAGAUAAAUGAUUUUAGGCAUUGCAUAAACACCUGUAACUUGACUGAUUUGGGUUUCAAAGGUAGUGUGUAUACAUGGUGGAAUGGGAGAGGUGAAGAUGAUUGCAUAUUCAAAAGAUUGGACAGAUGUUUAGGCAAUUUGGAUUUACAACAGAAAUGGCCUAAUAUAGAAGUGACUCACUUGUCCAAAACAGGCUCGGAUCAUAGUCCAAUGAUUCUGAAAUUUUAUCCUGAUGUGGCACCUAUCAAAAAAGCUUUCAAAUUUUUGAACUUCUGGUGCAAGCAUAUAACUUUCAAGGAGAGUAGGGCAACGUAUGGAGACAUAUUCCAAAAAAUUACUAGUCUGGAAGAGGUGGUUAUUGUACAUGAAGCACAGUUUGAAAGGUUUCCUACAUACCAAAAUAGAGAGAGGUUACAAAAGGUGCAAGCAAAACUUAUUCGAUAUCUAGCAUUGGAGGAAGAAUUUUGGAAACAAAAGUCGGGAAUGACAUGGUUCCAGGAUGGUGACAGAAAUACGAAGUUCUUUCAUGCUCAGGUCAAUGGCAGGAGAAGAAGAUUACAGCUGAAACAAAUACAAGAUACUAAUGGCAAUUGGUUAGAGGGUAAUAAUGACAUGGCAGAUGAGGCAGUUAGGUUCUUCAAAGAACAGCUCCAGGAAGAAACAACUACUAUGUCCUUUGAUAUUCUUGAACAUGUACCAACACUGGUGGAUUAUGCCCAGAAUGUUGAGCUAAUUAAGCAGCCAACGAAGGAAGAGGUCAGACAUGCAGUUUUUGGACUAAAUGGUGAUAGUGCAGGGGGUCCGGAUGGCUUUACUGGUUGCUUCUUUCAUACCUGUUGGGACAUAAUUGUGGAAGAUAUGGUCAAUAUGCCUUAUGGUUUCUUUAAGUCGACAAGAGGGGUGAAACAAGGGGAUCCUAUAUCACCAACUCUAUUUAUCUUGGCUGCAGAAGCUCUGUCAAGAGGGCUGAAUGCACUUCACAGAAAUUUACAUUUCAAUGGCUUUGGCUUGCCCAAGUGGAGCCCAAAGAUUAACCACCUUUCAUACGCAGAUGACAUUAUCAUUUUUUCAUCUUCUGACGCAACAUCGUUGUCACUGAUUAUGAAGGUUUUAGCAGAAUAUGAGGCAGCUUCUGGGCAGCUUAUUAACAAGAGUAAAAGUGCCAUCUAUCUUCAUCAUUCAGCAGGAGAGGAAAUAGUAGAUAAGGUGCAGAGAAUAACAGGUUUUAACAAACAGGAGUUCCCUUUUACGUACCUUGGUUGUCCAAUUUUCUAUGCAAGAAGAAGAAUGGAGUAUUAUCAAGAUCUCAUGACUAAAGUGCUGGAUAAACUACAAGAUUGGAAAGGUAAGAUGUUAUCUAUAGGAGGAAGGGCUGUAUUGAUUUCUCAUGUGCUUCAGACCAUGCCAAUUCAUCUGUUGGCAUCAGUGAAUCCACCUCAUUACGUGAUUAACAAAUUACACAAAAUAUUUGCCCAAUUCUUCUGGAGCAACACUGUAGGGGUCUCAAACAGACAUUGGGCAUCGUGGAAUAAUUUAUGCUUACCUUGUGAGGAAGGGGGUGUUGGUUUUAGAUCCCUCCAUGCAGUAUCCACUGCUUUGUUCUGCAAGUUAUGGUGGAAUUUUAGAACAAAGCCUAGCCUAUGGAGUUCUUAUAUGAGUCAGAAAUAUUGCAAGAAAUUGAACCCUCUGAUUGUUCCUUGGAGAGAUGGUUCACAUGUAUGGAGGAAGAUGUUAGAGUGUAGGGACCUCAUUGAACAUCAAAUUUUGUGGAAGCCUAAUAUGGGAUCUGCACUCUUUUGGUUUGAAAACUGGACAGGAAUUGGUGCAUUAUAUUUUGUUACUACACCUGACUUUGUAUGUGACGAAUCCAUUCAGAACAUAUAUGAUGUUGUAGUCAAUGAUCAAUGGGAUUAG